AUGAAUCCCGAAACGCUCACCGACUGGUGCUUGGAACGCGGUCUCCCCAAGUUCCGCGCCAAGCAGAUCAUGGAAUGGGCCUACCUCAAGGGGGUCAUCGAUCCGACGCAGAUGAGUAACCUGUCCAAUCAGGAUCGUGAGCUGCUCAACAAUGAGAUGACUUUCCUGAGCGGCCCAACGGUCGCACACCAACUCGCAACAGACGGCACACAGAAGCUGCUCAUCGAGUGGAGUGAUGAUGCGGACACCACGCCGAUCGAUGCGAGAGAAGCGGGGAUUGACCACGAAUCUCGAUUGCCGAUUCUUGGACAAGAGAUGCCGUAUUCGGACACGACGCGUCAGACUGAGUGCGUCAUGAUUCCCGCUCCAGAUUCAGACCGACGCACGGCUUGCAUCUCGACGCAGGUUGGAUGUCCGGUCGGAUGUACCUUCUGUGCAACAGGGAUCGGUGGACUCGAUGGGAAUCUAUCAUCGGGACGCAUUGUCGAGCAAGUCUGGCGCCUGAAUCAGUUGCAAGGCGUUGAUCGGAUCUCCAAUGUUGUGUUUAUGGGGAUGGGCGAGCCGCUCGCGAACUUCAAGCCGGUCGUCGAUGCGGUCCGCACGAUCGCCGCACCUUGGGGGCUCGGGAUCAGUGCUCGAAAGAUUACGAUUUCAACAGUUGGAAUGCACAAAGCAAUCGAGAAGCUCGCGAACGAACUGGAACUCCCAGUAACACUCGCGCUCUCGCUGCACGCUCCGAACGACGAACUCCGUCGCAGACUGAUUCCGUGGGCAGAGUUCACAAGCAUCGAUCAGCUCAAAGAUGCGUGCAGGAAGUGGUUUGAGAAAACGGGGCGAGAGAUCACGCUCGAAUACAUCCUCCUCGGAGGGGUAAACGAUCAGAGCGAACACGCAACGCAGCUCGCCCAAGUCUGUAAAGACUUGCGAGCGAAUGUCAACCUCAUCCGAUACAACGAGGUAGCUGGAUUGGAGUUCAAUCGACCAAGCACGGACGAUGUCCAUCGAUUCCAGUAUCUGCUCCGCGAGCAUGGCAUCAACUGCCACAUCCGCGCGAGCCGAGGACGAGACAUCGCGGCCGCGUGCGGACAGCUCCGACAUGAGCACGAGUUUCACGCGUUCACCAAGCAACAUCUUCUUGUGGUCGUAGUUUGUUUCUCGAUCAUGAUCGGAUGGUGCAUCCUCGGUCGGAUCUUGCUCGCAAAGAAUACAGAGCAAGGCAGGAAUACAGAACGCAGAAUCCGUCACGCGGUCGGAUGGUUUAUUCUGAUCUCGCAAACUUUCAUAUUCUUCCGUCGAUUUACUCCGGCGCAUUGGGACAUCGAUGAUUCGCUCCCGCUCCACAUGUGCCGAUGGUCCGUCUGGAUCGUCGCUUGGGCGAUGCUCACACUCAAUCGCAAUGCACGCGCGUUGACUCUUUUCUGGGGACUCGGACUGAGCUCACAGGUUUUCGUCACGCCGUUCCUCAAAGAAGGGCACGGCUCGCUCGGAUUCUGGAUCUAUUGGCUCAACCACCUCCAGAUCGUCGGGGUGGGUCUGUACGAUGUCGUCGCGCUGGGAUAUCGACCAAACAUGAAGGACUUCGUGUUCGCGACACUCACCGGGAUCGGGUUCGGGGUGCUGGUGUUCUUCCUGAACAUCUUCCUCGGCACCAACUACGCGUAUCUUGGAUCGGGACAGCAUCCAGGAGAUUCCGUCAUCGAUCUGCUCGGGCCGUAUCCAUGGCGAGCGUUGUUCCUGAUCCUCGGCUGCGCGGUGGUCUUUGUUGCGAUCUACGGAUUCUCAGCAGGCGCCAUGGCGCUGCGGACCAAAACGAUCACUGAUCGCUACACUGGAUCCAUGGUUGUUCUCCUGCUCAUCAUGAGUGCACUCGCGGCGAUGAUCUCUCUUGCAGGGACAUUCGCAGCGCUGCGUGUGAGCCAACGCAUCGGUGCUCUGGACACCGCACCGAUGGAAGGACAGAUCAAGCACGAUCAACGACCAAUCCCCAACACUGGAGGGAUCGGUAUUGUCCUUGGAAUCUGGCUGCCGAUCCUCAUCGGAUUGAUUGGUGUGUCGGUCUUGGACGCAUCCUCAUUCUACGGCGUGCUUGAACCAAUCCAGUCUGUGUGGACUGAACUGCAAGAACGCGUCAAGCUCGGAUGGGGACUGCUUGGGUGCGUGCUGCUGCUGCACAUCUUGGGACUGAUCGACGAUCGACGACCGAUGGGACCACUCUCCAAGCUGAUCAUCAUGCUUGCGCCGGCGGUGGUGUUUUCAGUCUUCUUCGACACUCGACUCCUCACAAUGCUCGAUGCAUAUGUUGGUGGAAGUUGGCUGAGCAUCAUGCUCACAAUCAUCUGGAUCGUCGCAAUCACCAACGCGAUGAACUUCAUCGACAACAUGGACGGGCUCAGCGCCGGAAUCGCAACCAUCGCAGGAGCGAUGUUCCUCGUCGCGGCGAUUCUCAAUGCGCAAUGGUUUAUCGGCGUGAUUCUUGCGCUGCUCGUGGGAGGAUGCUUGGGGUUCCUCGUGUUCAACUUCCCUCCAGCGAAGAUCUUUAUGGGUGAUGGCGGGUCGCUUGUCAUCGGAUUCAUCCUCGCGAUCACGACUGUUCGGACAACCUACAUCCCCGAAGAAGCAACAGGAUCUCCCAAGGAAAAAGUCCAUUUGUUGGAGAUUUACAACACUUUUCUCAUCGAUUGCGCGACCGAGGACUCGGGAAUCGAGGUUGUGCUGAUCCUAGGUGCGAUCGCAUUGUUCGAAUAUCGAUCCCCGAUCCAAUCACGCGGGGGCUCUGAUGACUGCAUGACCGAAGCCUCAACAUUUGGCGCGAUGAUCACCAUCUUGGUCGCCGCUCGCUCGUUCUUGUCAAACAAUCAGGACUGGGUUCGGAUCGCAACACCAUCCGUGAUCGGGCUUGGGGUAUACAUGCUCAUCUACGGCUUCCAUCAGGUGUACAUCCAACACCCCUUGACUGUCGAACUGUACGAAAACAACAAAGAAUCGUUCCUCAACGCACGCGGCUGGAGCGAUGGAUCCUUUGAAGUUCUGAGUUACGAACGCCGAUUGAAUCAACCAGAACCGACAGGAUGGUUCGGUCUUGCAAAUGUCUACGCGAGCUUUCUCGCGUCAUUUGGUGUCACGAUGGUCAUGUUGACCUUGUGCUCGCUCAAGAGAUCAUGGUGGAUGAUCUCGGGAUUGAUCACCGUCGCGUUUCUUGUGUUGCUGGUGAUUUCAAAGUCCAAAGGCGCGAUCGGUGCCGCGGGUUUGGGAUUCGUGGUCAUUCAGUAUGCGUUGGUUCGCAAGCAAGGUCGAUUCUCUCGCGUCGGGACCGCCACUUUCGGUGCGAGCAUCCUCCUCAUGCUCGGAGUGCUGGGUGGUGCGCUGAUGGGGCAGCUCUCAUUGCUGUUUCGUGGUCAAUAUAUGGUUGGCGCUUUGCGGAUCUUCGAGCACCACCCGAUCUUUGGGGUAGGACCGGGAUUGUUCCAAGACGCGUACAUGGUGCACAAACCAUCGACCAGUCCUGAAGAUGUGACGAGCGCUCACAAUCUGCUCUUUGAUCUGAUCGCACAACUCGGGAUCAGUGGGGUCGCGUUCGUGCUGCUGCUGAUAGUCAUCGUGCUCUCUGCGUUGCUACCCAAUCAAGAAGACAGCGAGCAGGAUUCAAUCCCUACGCGCGUGCGUGUCCGCAUUAUCGCUUUGAUUUCACUUAUCGCGGGUGUGGUGUCAAUCCGUCUGCAAACCGGCGCAAUCGAUCUUGAGAUCAUGCUGGUUCUCCUGAUCGGAUUGGGACUUUGGAUUGUCAUCAGCUGUGUGCUCAGCGCCCUGAGCAGCGCUCGGGCGCUGCGACUUUCGAUGCUCGCGUGCUCCAUUGUGCUGAUCUUGCAUGCACUCUUUGACCUCACUCCGGUCUGGAUUGUCAGCGCCCCACUCUUCGGGAUGUGCGUUGGGUUGGGAAUGAGCACACAGAAACUCACAGCCCUCACACCACAACGAUUCGAUGUCAUCCAAUCGCCGAUGAUCGUUUCAUCGCUUGUCGCGAUCAUCCUGACACUGCUUGGUGGAUUAAGAUUCAUUGAACGCGAUCGGGCGCUCAUGAACCUUGCUCUUCCUGCUCAACAGAUCGCUUCGAUCAAAGCAUCCAUGGCAAACGCCGAACCGAUUCAAUCAAUCGCUGACGAUCUAUCACAGCUCACAAACACACGCGUACCGGCGGAUCCUCGCUUAAUCAGUGACACACUCCGAUUGAUCGAAAUCAAUGAGCGAGUCCACGCCGCUCAGGUGCUCAUGCAGAUGCCACUCGAUCAUGAUCCGACCCUCACGAUCGCGGCUCUGGAGCACAGCAUGAAAGCCGCGAUGUCGCUCGAUGCGAUCGGAGAAUCUGGGAGCGGUCCGCUUUGGGAUUGGGUCCAAGAGCAAGCUCAUCGCAUUUCGAGCCGCGGCGGGACCUUCGCGGAACUGAAAUGGGCCGGAGAUUCACUGCUCAGUGUUGCGGAUGUGGAUCCUGCUCAAGGCAGUAAACUCCAGGCAAACGCUCUUGAAGUUUGGAUACGAGCGGACGCAUUGAAUCCACAUGAUCCCAAGCACGCCGUCCGUGUGAUGGAUCUGCUCAUUGAGCUCAAUCGUCCCUCUGAGGCUCAAAAAUGGGCUCAUGAAGCGCUCGAGCGGUCCGAUCGCAUGAAGCUUGAUCCGCUCAAGCAGCUCAACACGGACACGAAAUCCAGAGUGCGGUCCUACGCCUUGUCCGACUGA